UGAAGAAAGGGGAGGAGGAAAAAAAAAUGGAGCAAGGUGGAACAAAGUGAGCUCUUCCCCUGCACCACGUAGGCCAUGAGUGAGACAGACGUACUCUGCACCCCACUUACCCUCAGCUGAAGGUGGUGAAAGUGCUCCUGGAGAGCUGCCCACGUGGUCACCCCACCCCAUGCCACUGGGAAAUGGUCACAGCAAUGAAGAUUUAAUGAAAUCCCUGUUGAUUCCCAACCACGAAGUGGACACUGCAAAGAGGCCCAGGUGGUCAGGAGAAAGGACCAAGUAGGAAGAGGGCCGGGCACAGACCAUCCUGCUUGAACCUUCCCCUCCCACUGCCCCCCUUGCAAAGAAAGGAUUUACAGCUCAACCUUGCACCAGCUGUUCUUCGGCUUUAACAGUCAAGAGAGAAAUAAAUAAAAUUAAACAGCCACCACCACCAGCAGCCAGUCCCUGGAUCCUAGUGAAAUCAGGGAGAGUGUUUCUGAGACCUCUACAGCGAGGGGGAGGAGGAAGCCAGGCACAUUGCUUGUGAGACACCCCCUCCUCCACACAGUGACCACAGACUAAAAAGGAGAAGUGACUUCCCCGGGGCUUCUGGAAGGCUUUUCUGCAGGACACUGACUGCUCUCUGGCAGUCACCCUCAUUCCCUGCCUGUGCCUGGAAGUUUUGCCUGUCCCCAGCGCACAGUGACAUCCCUGUGGGGACCUACAGUCCGACCCAGGGACGCUCUGAGGGGUUCUGGGCCAUUCCUCUUGUUUUAAAUCCAAACCCAUUUCUCUGCCCUGAAUUUUUAAUGUUCUUAAACUUCCUUCCUUGCCUGCUCUCUUGGGGCAGGGCCUAGUGUGGACCCCACCUGCCUCUGCUGGGUCUCCAGGGUCCCUUGUGGUCUGCUCCAGACCGUCGGUUCCACCGGGAGCUGGCCCAGGAGUGGGGGCUGAGUAGUGGCUUGCCCCUGUCCCCCUCCCCUUCUCACCCAGCUCUGACACCCGCCGGGCCUGGGCUAUGCGGCGGGGCGGACCCCCCACCACAGCUCCAACAUGCCAGCAGCAUCUGGAAAGAGAUUCAAACCCAGCAAGUACGUCCCGGUCUCAGCUGCUGCCAUUUUCCUAGUGGGAGCCACCACCCUCUUCUUUGCCUUCACGUGCCCAGGGCUCAGCCUGUAUGUCUCUCCAGUCAUUCCUGCCUACAAUGCUGUCGUCUUCCUGUUUGUGCUGGCCAACUUCAGUAUGGCCACCUUCAUGGACCCUGGCAUCUUUCCCCGAGCUGAGGAGGAUGAGGACAAGGAGGACGACUUCCGCGCCCCACUCUACAAGACGGUGGAGAUCAAGGGCAUCCAGGUGCGCAUGAAGUGGUGCGCAACCUGCCGCUUCUACCGGCCUCCCCGCUGCUCCCACUGCAGCGUCUGCGACAACUGCGUGGAGGAGUUUGACCAUCACUGUCCCUGGGUCAACAACUGCAUCGGGCGGCGCAAUUACCGAUACUUCUUCCUCUUCCUGCUGUCCCUCACCACACACAUCAUGGGGGUCUUUGGCUUUGGCCUCCUAUAUGUCCUCUACCAGGUGGAGGAGCUCUCUGGUGUCCGCAUGGCCGUCACGAUGGUGGUGAUGUGUGUGGCUGGCUUGUUCUUCAUCCCUGUCGCUGGCCUUACUGGGUUCCAUGUGGUGCUGGUGGCCAGGGGCCGCACCACCAACGAGCAGGUGACAGGCAAGUUCCGUGGUGGUGUCAACCCCUUCACCAACGGUUGCUGCAAGAAUGUAAGCCGGGUCCUCUGCAGCUCCCCAGCUCCCAGGUACCUCGGGCGCCCCAGGGCAGAGCAGACGGUGCUGGUGAGACCUCCCUUCCUGCGUCCCGAGGUGUCGGAUGGUCAGAUCACUGUCAAGAUCAUGGACAAUGGUAUCCAGACAGAGUUGAAGAGAACAAAGUCCAAGGGGAGCCUGGAGGUGACAGAGAGCCAGUCCGCAGAUGCCGAGCCGCCACCCCCACCUAAGCCAGACCUCAGCCGCUACACGGGCCUGAGGACACACUUAACCCUGGCCACCAAUGAGGACAGCAGCUUGCUAGGCAAGGACAGCCCCCCAACCCCUACCAUGUACAAGUACCGGCCCGGCUACAGCAGCAGCAGCAGCUCAGCCGCCCUGCCCCAUUCCACCAGCGCCAAGCUGAGCCGAGUGAACAGCCUGAAGGAGCCCAACUCUAUCUGUGAGGGCAGCCACAAGCCCAGCUACCGCUCGGAGCCCAGCCUGGAGCCUGAGAGCUUCCGCUCACCCACCUUUGGCAAGAGCUUUCCCUUUGACCCACUCUCCAGCGGCUCCCGCUCCUCCAGCCUCAAGUCAGCACAGGGCACAGGCUUUGAGCUGGGCCAGCUCCAGUCCAUCCGCUCUGAGGGCACCACCUCCACCUCCUACAAGAGCCUGGUGAACCAGACACGUAAUGGCAGCUUGUCCUACGACAGCCUGCUGACGCCCUCCGACAGCCCCGACUUCGAGUCUGUGCAGGCAGCCCCGGAGCCUGACCCGCCAGUGGGCUACACCUCCCCUUUCCUCUCGGCCCGCAUUGCCCAGCAGCGGGAGACCGACCUGCACAACCGCUUCGCUGGGCCCCCCAAGCCAGCUCCGCGUGAGCCCUCGCCUGUGCGCUAUGACAAUCUGUCCCGGCACAUUGUGGCCUCCAUCCAGGAGCGGGAGAAGCUGCUGCAGCAGCCAGCAGGCCAGGAGGAGGACGCGGGGCUGGGGGACUCAGGCAUCCAGUCAACGCCGGGCUCCAGCAAUGCCCCUCGCACCAGCUCCUCCUCGGACGAUUCCAAGCGCUCGCCUCUGGGCAAGAACCCACUCACCCGUCCAGCACCCCCCCGCUUCGGCAAGCCUGAGCCCCCCCAGGCGCUGCGGGUGCGCUCCCUUGGCUCCCCUGAACCACCCACCACCCCCAACCUGGGAAAAUCCGUGUCUUACAGCAGCCAAAAAACAGCCUCUCCAGCCAGCGUCCCUGAGGUGGAGGAGGUGGCCUUGCAGCCCUUACUGGCACCAAAGGACGAGGUGCAGAUGAGAACCACCUACAGCAAGUCCAACGGGCAGCCCAGGAGCCUGGGCUCAGCCCCUCCGGGCGUGGGGCAGGUGCCCCUGGGCAGCCCCACCCGUGGAGGCGUCAAGAAGGUGUCGGGCGUGGGGGGCACCACCUACGAGAUCUCGGUAUGAGGGGUAGAACCCCCCGCCCACCCCUCGCCUCCUCCCAGCCCCCAGGGACCUUCUGCAGCCUGGCACUCUGUGGACUCAGGAAAGCUGGAGGGGGGGACGGGCCUGCUGCCCCCACAGUGUUUCCUCCUCCCCCUCCCUCUCCCCCCCCCAAACCCGGGGGUCGGCACACACCGAGUGGGGCUGCUGCGCCCAGGACUGCACCAGCAGCUGGGGGGCCAUGUCCUGCCACUCGUGGGCCUUGUGCAAUCACCCGCUUGCCUGGCGUGGUAGGAAUGGAUUGUUUUUAAACCAGAAUACUUUUUUUUAUUAUUAUUGUUAUGGAUUCUAUUUUUUUUUCUCUUUCUGAGUUACCAGGUGUGUGUAUAUAUAAAUAUCUAUAUAUAUAAAUAUAAAUAUUGAAAGAAAAAAAAAACAGGAGAAAAAAAAAACCCAGAAAUCAUAUACCUUACCCACAGGGAGGAAGAAACAACCCCUUGCCUGCCCAGGGCCUGUGCCCCCACUGUGUCCCUGUCCCCAAACAGGGGACCUGGGGCUGCUUCUUGGGUUGGUGGGAUGAGCUGGGGCACAUGCCUGGUAUUGCCCCCCUCAGCUCAGGGCUGUGGGAUGGCAGCUGCCCCCAUGACCUGGGAUGCCCUGGCCCCUGCUCCAAGCCUCCCCCAGGCCACUGCACUCUGAGCCAUGGUUGCCCCUCCCUGGCUCUUCACUUGUGCAACCUCCAGCCCCCAGCCCAGGGGCUGCUGGGAGGGGCUCCCCAGACCCACCCACAAGCUGCACCUGCAGGUGCUGCUGGAGCUGAGAAAGACUGGUGAGCUCCAGACUUCCCACACCGGUGGUCUUUGAUCUUUUUUUAUAAUGUUUCCCCAGAGCUUGUGUUGACUGAGGGGGGGUGGGGGGGGAAAAUUGCUGUUUUUUUGUUGAUACUUUGUUUUUUAAAUGGGGUUGAUGGGGUUUUCUGUCACGCAGUUAUUUGUUUGGGGAAGAGGAAGACCAGUGGGGUGCAUCCCCACACAGCAAUAUUUUCUCAUCACAUGCCAAAAAAAAACAAACAAAACCACCAAAACCCACAAAGAAACCCUGCAGCCAAGGAGCCCAGUGCUCCCUGUCCCCCUGCCCAGCCCCACCUCCCCCCAUGGGGCCUCCAACACUUCAGGCACUACUUGACUCUUUCUCUAUGGCAAUAUCUCCCCUGUGGCCCCUGCAGUGCCACGCCAUUGUUUUUUUUUUAUUAUUAUUAUUAGCCAUUUUAAAAAUGAGGAAUAAAAGGAUAUUUAAUGAGCCA